UGUUUCACAGACAGCAAACAAACAAUACAACAUGUUCUCCAAGGUUGCAAUCUUCGCUUUGCUGGUAGCAGUGGCUCAAAGCAGCGCUAUCCACGGCAACUACAACAGCUUCUCCUACGGAGUAGCUGAUCCUCACACUGGCGAUGUGAAGAGCCAGCACGAGACCCGCGUCGGCGAUAACGUGGUCGGCCAGUACUCGCUCUUGGAGUCUGACGGCACCCGCCGCGUCGUCGACUACGCCGCUGACGCUCACUCCGGUUUCAACGCCAUCGUCCGUAAAGACCCUGCCAUCGUCGCCCACGCUGCUCCCAUCGCUCAUUCCUACGCCGCUCCCAUCGCCACAUACGCCACUGGUAUUGCUCCCGUAGCCUAUGGCGCCUAUGCCUCCCCUCUCGCCUACAAGUCGUACGCCGCCGCUCCCUUGGCCUACAGCGCGAUCGCCUCUCCUCUGGCCUACAACUCUUACGGAUACGGCGCUUACUCUGCUCCUCUUGCCUACAAGUCUUACGGCUAUGGCAUCAACGGACUCGGUUACGCCGCAGGUCUUAAAUGGUGAAUUUAUCGACGAUCUUAGCAAAUAAAUAAUAAAUGACAAAUGAUCCUAUCGAAACGGGAUGGAGUAGUGAAUCUAAUUUAAGCAACUGAAGAGGCAAACUAAUACUCAUGUAAAUAUAAUUUAAAGUACAAUAAAUAAAAUAUUUGAGCGU